UGCAAGGUAAACAUGGCGGCCACCACAGCAACUGCAGCAUUAGCAGAACAACCAUCGACAUCACCGUCUUCUGGAUCCGUCCCCUUUGACUUCUCACAGCCGCCUGUCAUCGAAGGCUUCUCCCCUUUGCCUAAAAUCAAAGAUGAGACCUUUAAAGAAAAGUUUAUUCGAAAAACCAAGGACAAUCCUUUUGUCCCUAUAGGUUGUUUAGGUACAGCGGGAGCGCUCAUGUUUGGCCUUCGAGCAUUCCAUCAGGGCAAAACCAGGCAGUCCCAAAUGUUGAUGAGGGGCCGAAUCUUCGCCCAGGGGUUCACCGUGGUUGCCAUUGUUGUCGGCGUCUUUGCAACGGCUUUCAAACCCAAACAGUGAAAAAGAGGCCAGCAGUACUUGCAACUCAGAUGUCCUCCACUUGGAAGCAGACUGUUUGAAGGACCUGAAUAAUGUAUUGUAUGUAUACUGUAUAUACAGUACAAUAUUAUCCAGAUAAUGAUGAGGCGUACCUUAUUUAUUGUUUGGAAAAAAAAUGUGUGGCUUAUAUUAAUAUUAUGUCAGAAAGAUGAUGAUAAACAAGUGUCUUUGCUGAGCCACACAAUGUAGGCCUUCUUGAAUAAAGACAUUUAUGUAUACUGAAGAAACAUCAGGUUUUCAAAAAAAAAAAACGCAUUUAUGAAAAACAGAAAAAUAUACAAACUUUUUCAGUGCUUUGGUUCCGAUUUUCUACAAUGAAAGCUCUGAUAAAACAUUGCACUGUUCUCAAAUAUCUUAAUUUUUAUUUUUCUGCACAAAAUAAGAUGAAAAAUAAACAAAUCAGUAAUAAAUAAAUAUAAUAAUAAUAAAACAGCAAAUAAUAAAAACUUAAGAAACCACAUAUAGUUGGUGGGUAGACAAAUUAUUUUUUUUCAGAUUAAAAUGAACAAAGCAUUAUUAGAGCCCUGUAGACAUGACAAAACACGACUAUAGUCACAUUUAUACUCUUUUUAUUUACAACAUAUUGCGCAACUGCAGGGGCUUGAGACACAUGCUAACUCGCAAACUAGAGAGCUAGCGACCUAAACGGUAGCCUUCAAGUUAUUUCCUUUAAACUUAAAUAGCCAAAAACUUACCACUUCCACACGGAUAGGGAGGAUAACUAUUAACAGUUAUUUAACCUUUAACAUGAACAUGAAUCAAACGUAAUAAUUUUUUCUGGGUACAUGAUACCAUACAGCAUCCAUAUCAAAAACUUACCACUUCCACACGGAUAGGGAGGAUAACUAUUAACAGUUAUUUAACCUUUAACAUGAACAUUAAUCAAACGUAAUAAUUUUUUCUGGAUACAUGAUACCAUACAGCAUCCAUAUCAAAAACUUACCACUUCCACACGGAUAGGGAGGAUAACUAUUAACAGUUAUUUAACCUUUAACAUGAACAUUAAUCAAACGUAAUAAUUUUUUCUGGAUACAUGAUACCAUACAGCAUCCAUAUCAAAAACUUACCACUUCCACACGGAUAGGGAGGAUAACUAUUAACAGUUAUUUAACCUUUAACAUGAACAUUAAUCAAACGUAAUAAUUUUUUCUGGGUACAUGAUACCAUACAGCAUCCAUAUCAAACUUGCACGGGCUGCACUAACAUUAAAUUUUCAUAUCAAGGCGGGGGCCUCAAACUAGUGUCCUGCGGGCCACAUUUGGCCCACGGGCCGCAUGUUUGAGACCCCUGGUUUAAUGAUAAACUUUAUGGUUGUCAAUCUAACGGCUUCAAAUAAAAUGUAGCCUUUUGGUCAACUAGCAAGUAGCAAACAAAGACAGGACAAGCGGUCACUUUCCAUUCUGUUGUUUUUUUUUAAUUAUUAUUAUUAAUUGACCAAUUCCCUUUUAACAUUCACUUUCCUCAUUAUUUCCCAAAUAGGCAACAUGUGAAAAUUGACACAGAGCUGAUUGCGGCUUAUAAAAUAUGGAUGAAAUGAAAUGAAAAUUUAAAAUUCAAACGCUGGAGCAAAACUAUUUGAUGUGGGCCAUUUUUUUUCUUCAUUUCACUUUUACAAAUUAAGUCACAGCUCUUCACUUUUUCCCCCAAGAUGUUUUUUUUAGGGUUAUAGGCUACAGCGGAUGUUUGUGGUUCUAUUUUACCGAGAGGCAUACAUGGUUACAAUCUACACUGCAGUGUCCUCAAGCAGGAAGUCAUGACGGGGAAAAUGACAAAACAUAGGCAUGCAUUAAAAAUUGACCUAAAUAUUCAAAAAAAAAAAAAAAAAAGGGUAACAAAUGUUUAA